AUGGAGACAUCAGAUUCCGACCUCUCGCCUACUACGCUUAGAGGAAGCUUCUCUUAUAAAAACGACAAUGUUAAUAUUGUCAUUAUUGAUGUCAAUAUCCUAUUAAGAAUCGAAAGAAUUGAUCAAAACGUUGCAAGAAUAUAUUUUGUAAACAGCCAUGAUAAUGCCAUCAGGAUUUCAGCUGAGAUGAAUCUCAGGGAUUAUAAUGGUAACGAGAUUCUCAACUUGGAGAAUCAAAAACAGCAGUCAAUAAGAGUACCUAUAGAAUAUGAUACAGAUAAAAUCGAGCAAUA